GUAGCGUUUGUGGUACGCAGUAGACGUAUAUGUAUAUAAGCCCGUGGCGUCAUUUGUUGAUUAGUUCCUGAUAACAUGGAUACGUAUUUACUAGCUAAAUAAAAAGGACAACUUUGGUCUACGGAAAGUGAAACCAGAGGAGGAACCAGCACAGAAGAGGUAAGAUGGCAUCGUCAGUGAAAGUCAAUGAUGAAGGUCGGGAGCCUCCCGGAAAUCCAUCUCCUUCAAAGGAGUCCAAAAAGGACUCUAAAACGAAAACAUCAAGACCACUCAAAGCUGUGUAUUGUUUACAGUUUUCGACUAAGAUUCCGUUUGAUUUCCACCACGGAAUGUCCGAGGUUCAGAAAAUGGUGACUCUGCCAAAUGAUUCUGUGGUAGCGCUGGAUCGGGCCAACAGGAAGCUGAAGCUAUUCAGCGCUGACUUGGAAUUUUUGCAUUACGCAGAUGUAGGGGUAGCUCCAGCGGGAUUGACUGUUAUUAAAAAUUCUACGGUGGCAGUGUCUUCUGGUGACAUGAAAAACCACAUCACGCUCUUCAAGGUAGACGACAAUACACUGCAGCGGACCAAAGAUAUAGAAUGGGAGCACGAGAAUUAUGCGGUUUGUGAUAUAACUUAUGCAGAUCAUCAUUUUGUGUGCCUAACCUCAAAAUAUCAAAGCACCGGAAAGAGUGAAAUAUGUGUAGAACGAAUAGAUACGGACGGAAAAAGACGUACCGUUUUCACAGAAAACGGAAAUGCUCACUUGGGCUAUAACCUUAUAUCUGGAAGUGGAAAUUAUUUUUAUAUUUGUGAUUGCUAUAAGAAUAAGGUAAGAUGUAUGUCAUAUGAAGGGAAAUUAUUGUGGGAGACGGAAACAUCUAGAGGACCUCUCGGAAUAGCUCUGGUGAAGGAAAACAUCUUGGUGUCAUCAUUUGCUGAGGGUGUUGUCAGCCAGAUAUCACUAGAUGGCCACAUGUACAAAUCUCCUGUGAUACAAGAAUUAGCAAAGCCUGGUAGCAUCUGCUAUCAAAGGAAGAGAAAGCGGCUCCUUGUGUCCCGAUCCGACACGGGCAAUCCGAUCAGGGUGUAUACAAUUGAUUAACGUCUAAAAGAAAUAAAUAAAGUGCAAUACAUAUUUGAAGAAAUA